GGAUGCCUGUGUGGUGUGAGCAGCAAAAAUGGAGAAAUAUGAAAAAAUAAAAGUGGUCGGAAGAGGAGCUUUUGGAAUUGUUCACCUGUGCCGUCGACGCAGCGACGGUGCCCUCGUCAUCCUGAAGGAGAUACCCGUCGAGCAGAUGACCCGAGACGAGCGGCUGGCGGCCCAGAACGAGUGCCAGGUGCUGAAGCUGCUCAACCACCCCAACAUCAUCGAGUACUACGAGAACUUUCUGGAGGACAAGGCGCUGAUGAUCGCCAUGGAAUACGCGCCAGGCGGAACGCUGGCGGAGUACAUCCAGAAGCGCUGCAACUCGCUGCUGGACGAGGACACCAUCCUGCACUUCUUCGUGCAGAUCCUGCUGGCGCUCUACCACGUGCACAACAAGCUCAUCCUGCACCGCGACCUCAAGACCCAGAACAUCCUGCUGGACAAGCGGCAGAUGAUCGUCAAGAUCGGCGACUUCGGCAUCUCCAAGAUCCUCGUCAGCAAGAGCAAGGCCUACACGGUGGUGGGGACUCCGUGCUACAUCUCCCCAGAGCUCUGCGAAGGCAAACCUUACAACCAGAAGAGUGACAUCUGGGCUCUUGGAUGUGUGCUGUAUGAGCUAGCCAGCCUGAAGAGAGCUUUUGAGGCAGCGAACCUGCCUGCCCUGGUCCUGAAGAUCAUGAGCGGCACCUUUGCCCCAAUAUCGGACCGGUACAGUCCAGAGCUGAGGCAGCUCAUCCUCAACAUGCUCAACCUGGACCCGUCCAAUCGGCCACAGCUCAACGAGAUCAUGGCCCACCCCAUCUGCAUCAGGCCCCUCCUCAACCUCUACACCGACAUCGGCAACGUCAAAAUGCGCAGGAUUGAGAAGCCGUUGUCCACCGUGCAGGCAGGCACUCAUGGGAGACCAGGAGGACGAGUACCCAGCAGCCGAUCCAGGGAAGGACUGCUGGGCUCGGGCGCAGGGAAGAUGGUGCACCCUCUCCCCCUGUCCUCCGUGUACACUUGGGGAAGCGGCAUCUCUGCGCCCCUCCGGCUGCCCAUGCUCAACACCGAGGUGCUGCAGGUGUCUCUGGGGCGCACGCAGAAGAUGGGCGUCACCAAGUCAGGUCGCCUCAUCACUUGGGAGGCCCCCUCGGUGGGGUCCGGGGAGCUCACCCUUCCUGGCACGGUGGAGCAGAUGCAGCCGCAGUUCAUCUCCCGCUUCUUGGAAGGGCAGUCAGGCGUCACCAUAAAGUCUGUGUCCUGUGGGGACCUCUUCACCACCUGUAUGACAGACAGAGGCAUCGUAAUGACAUUUGGAAGUGGAAGCAAUGGCUGUCUUGGACAUGGCAAUUUCAAUGAUGUCACACAGCCCAAGAUUGUGGAGGCCUUGCUGGGGUAUGAGCUGGUUCAGGUCUCGUGUGGGGCGUCGCACGUACUUGCUGUGACCAAUGAGAGGGAGGUGUUUGCUUGGGGAAGAGGCGACAAUGGUCGCCUUGGCCUGGGCACCCAGGACUCCCACAAUUCCCCACAGCAGGUGAGUGUGCCCUCGGACUUUGAGGCCCAGAAGGUGUUGUGUGGGGUGGACUGCUCCAUGAUCAUCAGCACUCAGCACAAAAUCCUGGCCUGUGGCAGCAACAGAUUCAACAAGCUGGGUCUAGACAAGAUUGAUGCUGCAGAGGAGCCCUCCCCUUCUAAUCAAGUGGAAGAAGUCCAUGUCUUCAGUCCUGUCCAAUCAGCUCCUCUGAAUGUGGAGAAGAUUGUCUACAUUGACAUUGGAACAGCCCACUCUGCUGCGGUCACGGAGAAGGGCCGGUGUUUCACCUUCGGCAGUAACCAGCACGGGCAGCUGGGCUGCAGCUCCCGCCGGGCCAGCAGAGUGCCGUACCCGGUGCCCGGGCUGGAGGGCAUCACCAUGGCGGCAUGCGGUGACGCCUUCACCCUGGCUAUCGGUGCAGAGGGGGAGGUGUACACCUGGGGGAAAGGGGCCCGUGGCAGGCUGGGAAGGAAAGAGGAGGAUUCUGGGAUACCAAAGCCUGUGCAGCUUGACGAGAGCCACCCUUUCACCGUUAUGUCAGUUGCCUGUUGUCACGGCAACACUCUACUGGCUGUGAAACCUUUUCUUGAGGAGUCUGUUCCCAGAUGAUCGCUCAGGCCUUCCUCAUCUUGUUGCCUCCGGCCUCAGCGGUUGCAGGGGAGAGGCUGACACAAGCUGAAGGAAGGCUUCCUUUCAACUACAUGUCUCAGAGGUCCAUGGGUGCCACUGGGCUAAAAAGGCCAUGUCUCGGAGAAGCUGAUCCAACUCAUAAUAUUCUGCAGGAAGUAUGCUUGUAGUAAUUCCUGGCC